CAGAAGAGAGAAGAAAAGUGGAGGUUUCUGGUAAGCUCGGGACGCUAUCCGAAGCUCCUCGAAAACUCUCUCUCCACUGGAGAACCUUCUCCCACCCAUGCUAUAUAAACACCUCCACCCCCUCUUUCUCUCUCAUCACAGAUCAAACAAGCACAAUUUCUAUUGCCUUGCCUGUUCACAACCCACGUUUCCCAAAACCUUAGAGAGAGAAUGAACCUGGUAAUGGAGCAACCUCUUCUCUCAACCAUCCACCACCUGUUGAACCUACCAGAUGGUAUGGAGAAGGUUCUGAACGCACCCACUCGAACCUAUGUUCAAGACACCAAAGCCAUGGCCGCAACACCGGCCGACAUUAAAGAGUACCCCAAUUCGUAUGUCUUCAUAAUCGACAUGCCCGGCGUCAAAUCUGGCGAUAUCAAGGUUCAGAUCGAAGAGGACAGGGUUCUCAGCAUCAGUGGGGAGAGAAAGAGGGAGGAGAAAGAAGAUCCAGAGGCGAAAUAUGUGAGAAUGGAGAGAAGGGUUGGGAAAUUCAUGAGGAAAUUCAAUUUGCCUGAGAAUGCGAAUGUGGAGGCCAUUUCAGCUGCUUGCCAAGAUGGGGUUCUUACUGUCACUGUUCAGAAGCUGCCUCCUCCUCAGCCCAAGAAGCCCAAGACCAUUGAGGUCAAGGUUACUUGAGUUUAGAGAGAGAUAGAGGAGGUUAGAGAGAGAUUAUUCUGUUCUCUAAAUGCUUUACUGUGCGAUAUGAUGUGGGCAUGAAAACGUAUUGGUGUUUUUCCUUUUCUUUUUUUUUAUUAUUGUUAUUAUUUUUAUUUUUAUUUUUAUUUGCCUGUUUGCUUUUGAUUUCAGCUUGGAUGGCAUAUAAAGUGGAUGUAAGUUUUUGGUAAUAGUACGAAGGAAAUAAAGCAUGAGGAUCGUUUGUGGA